AUGAAGACCAUUCUCUCUUCCGAGACGAUGAACAUUCCCGACGGCGUGAGCAUCAAGGUUCACGCCAAGGUCAUCGAGGUCGAGGGCCCUCGUGGCAAACUGGUUCGAGAUUUCAAGCAUCUCAACCUCGAUUUUCAGCUUAUCACCGACGAGAACGGCAAAAAGAAGUUGAAGAUCGACGCUUGGUUUGGAUCUCGGAAAACCUCCGCCGCCAUUCGCACGGCCCUCAGCCAUGUCGACAAUCUCAUCACCGGAGUCACCAAGGGCUACCGCUACAAGAUGAGGUUCGUGUAUGCUCACUUCCCCAUCAACGCUAGCAUUGGCAACGAGAAUAAAUCCAUUGAAAUCCGAAAUUUCCUCGGCGAGAAGAAGGUGAGAAAAGUGGACAUGCUUGAGGGUGUAUCUGUUGUUCGAUCUGAGAAGGUGAAGGAUGAACUGGUUUUGGAUGGAAACGACAUUGAGCUUGUUUCUAGGUCUUGUGCUCUGAUUAACCAGAAAUGCCAUGUUAAGAACAAGGAUAUUCGGAAGUUUCUUGAUGGUAUUUACGUCAGUGAGAAGGGAACCAUAUUAGAAGAGUAG